CCCGUGGGCAACGGCGGCGUCGCGGAAUUCUACGCGUGGACGCAGACGCUCGCGGAGACGACCGUGACCGUCGACGCGCCGCCGGGCACGCGGUCCAAGGACGUCACAUGCAAGAUCACGGCGGGCCGCAUCUCUCUAAGAAUCGCCGGCGUCGACGACGUCCUCGAGGGCGAGCUCUACGACAAGAUCAAGGACGACGACUCCAUGUGGACGCUCGACCACGCCGACGACGGCCGCGCGGCCGUCGUCCUCACCUUCGAGAAGACGCGCGAGACCUGGUGGCGGAGCGUGCUCAAGGACGCGCCGAAGCGCGACACGAUCGACGCGACGCAGGUCGACAGCUCGAAGAAGAUCGACGAGUACGACGAGAAGACGCAGGGCGCGAUCCGCAAGAUCAUGUUCGACCAGCGCCAGAAGCAAAAGGGCGAGAAGACCUCCGACGAGAUGAAGAUGGACGCGAUCCUCGAC